AUGGGACAACGUUUUCGGAUCGAUGCUUGUCGGAUGGUAUCGAUGAAUGAAAAUUUCGAAGUUUUCUUCGAUAUUGACGGAACUGUCGAGUGGAUUCGAUCGUGUAGUUAUAAACGUGUCGCUUUGCAAUUUCCCGACAUUUACCUUUCGAUUUCGGUUGAUGUUGCAAAUCUCAUAGAAAUUCGGAGCGAUUCAAAGACUUUUAUUGUUGCCGAUUCGUCCUAUCGGAGUUGUUGUGUCGAUGAAAUAACUGCUCAGCAUGCAAACGUGGACUGCAUUGUUCAUUAUGGAGAAGCAUGUCUUAGUAAGCGAACUGGCAAUCUUCCUGUGCGAUAUGUUUUCGGCAAUUCAGCUAUUGACUUUAGUUCAUUCAAAUCCAAAUUAUGUCAGUAUGAAGCAGAUUUAACAGGAAAAUGUGUCCUACUGUAUGAUACGCAAUAUGCAAAUUUAGCGGAAGCAAUAAUUGAUUGCAUAAAAACUUCUUUAUGCCACGUGGAAUUGAUACAUCUUAAUCUAAUGAUCGAAAAGAAUGGAUCGGACUCGUCAUCAGUUUCACUGGCUCGUCAUAUUCCUUCCGAUUUUCAUAAUUAUUCAUUUUUGACUGUAAUUUUUGUUGGCGAUGAAGAUAGCGCAAUUCUUCCUCUGUGGUUAUUGACCCAUGUUAAUUGCUCAAAAGUGUUCACUUAUUUCCCGAAAACUGGUGAUGCUUCAUUAUCAUGUUCAAAUGCAACUCAACAUUUACGUAAACGUCUUUUUCUGAUUGAAAAAAUUCGCGAUGCUACAACUAUUGGUUUAGUGGUUGGAACUAUUGAUACUCUGGGUCACCGAGAAGUUGUUAAACGUAUGCGAAAACUCUGUAGAGCAGCAGGAAAAAAACUUUAUGUUUUUUCAAUUGGGAAGGUAAACGAGGCCAAAAUCUCAAAUUUUGCUAAUGAUAUAGAUAUAUUCGUUAUUAUCUCAUGCCCAUUGGGUGUUAUAUUGGAUAAAAGAAAUUACAUACGACCAUUAGUAAGUUUAUUUGAAGCUGAGAUUGCUUUAAACGAUUACCAUGAUUGGAGUUGUGGAAAAGGAUGGACUGCUGAAUUUAGCAAUUUUGUUAAUGAUGCGAUUGAGGUCAAUGGAUUAAAAGAACCAGAUAUUAGCAUGAUAACUGGUCGGUUACGGACUAAUGGAUGCGAUGAAGUGGACGAAAGUUCGAAUUACUGUCGAGAUAUUUGUUCAUAUGUUGCCGGAAAUCAUUUCGGAACACGUUCGUGGAAAGGUCUUGAUGACGUUUCUACUGGCAUGGAAACUUUACAGCUUCAAGAAGGGCGUUCUGGUAUAGCUUCUGGUUAUAAUAUUGAACCAGUGGAUGCAUAA